AUGUCAGAAGAAGAACGAGAACUUCUGGCUCGUAUCAGUCAAGUUGCGGGCCAGAUCAACCGACAUAAGAACCAGCAAGCGGGCUCUCGGGGAUCUCCAAGCCUUCAUCCUGCCCAUCAUCGUCAAAACUCCUAUCGACAUGCGAGCUCACCGUACCCAGCUCGCCAUAAUAGAAUUGGCCGCCAUCCUACGGCGCACCACCACCGAACCCUUCACUUGAAUGGCGACAACUCAGCUGCUUCUCGGUCUGCCAGUAGUGGUGCUGAAACACCUCCUGGUUGGGUUUCCAGAACGGAUCGCCACCGCCAACUUAUUAACGCCAACGUUUACGAGAAGGAAACCCAGAAUCGAGCCAAGGCCAUUGAAGAAACACGCCAGAGAAAGAUCAAUGGACGCCGACAGCGCGAGAAGGCUCAGUUCAACGAGUUUCUGAAGCAUCAAGCUACCACUUCGAGUGCGCAGACUAACCCCGCAGACCGCAACGUGCUCACCAUCGACGGUGUCCAGUUCCGCGUUAUGGACGGCGGCAAGAAGCUUGUCAAGAUUCCUGAUGCCCUCAACUCCUCCUCACGAACUCCAAAGUUCGCCACUGUUGCUGGAGUCAAGUUUUACCGAACAAAGACAGGAAACCUCGUUGCGAACAGAUUCGUUAACGACCAACGGCGAACCGGCACGGUCAAGAAGAUAAAUCAACUCUGUAAAAUCUUCUCAACGACUGGUUCAUGCACCAAAGGCCCUCGGUGCCGGUACAUUCACGACCCGAACAAAGUGGCACUCUGUAAAGAUAUGCUGAAAGACGGGCAAUGUGUCAACGGCGAGUCUUGUGACCUCUCCCAUGACAUGACUCCUGAGCGCACCCCCAACUGUUUGCAUUUUGCCAAAGGCCACUGUGCCAAGGCUGACUGUCCCUAUACUCACUCUAAAGCUUCCCCAGGCGCCCCAGUUUGUCGCAAUUUUGGUUUCAACGGGUACUGCGAGAUAGGAGCAGAGUGUACUGACCGUCACGUUUUUGAGUGCCCUGACUUUAGCAAUACCGGCCGCUGUAAGGUCAAGGGAUGUAAGCUCCCGCACCGUGAGAGGGCAAGCGUCCUCCGGAACAAAACCAAUGCCGCUGGCGAGCCUCUUGGAGACAUUUCAAGUGAUGAUGAAGCUGCUGAUUCCGACGAUGUUGAUUCAGAUGAAGUUGCCGAGUUCAUUGAUGCAGACUCGGACCUUUCCGAUUUUGAAGAACAGAAGGACUUCAUAUCGAUCUAG